UCUCUCCCUCGCUGGCUGGCUGGCUGGCUCUCUCCCUCGCUCGCUCGCUCGCUGGCCGCCCUGCCCGCUCUCGCUCGGCGCCGGCCGCGGCGGCUGCGGGGAUCGGACGACGCGCGGAGGAGGCGGAGAGCGCCGGGGCGAGCCGAGUGGGCCGGGCCGCGCCAGGCCGCGGCUGGGGCCGGUCACAGUGGCAGAGCCGGAGGAGGCCGGGCCCCGCCCCGCCCCCAUCCCCCCGGCGGCGGCGCCCCCGCAACCCCCGCGGGGCUCCUCGCCCCUGGCGGCGGCCGCCGUCCCCGCGGGGCCCAUGGAGGGCCUGCCCGUGGAAGUGCGGGGCUCCAACGGGGCCUUCUACAAGGGUUUUGUUAAAGAUGUACACGAAGAUUCGGUCACAAUAUCCUUCGAGAACAACUGGCAGCCGGAACGGCAGAUCCCCUUUGGCGAUGUGCGGCUGCCCCCGCCCACAGAGUACAGCAAAGAGAUCUCAGAAGGCGACGAGGUGGAGGUUUAUUCCCGAGCUAACGAGCACGAACCCUGCGGCUGGUGGCUGGCCAGAGUCCGUAUGAUGAAAGGAGAUUUUUACGUCAUAGAAUAUGCUGCUUGCGAUGCCAUCUACAACGAAAUUGUCACCUUGGAGCGAUUGCGGCCUGUCAACCCCAGCAAAGUGGCCACCAAGUGCAGCUUUUUCAAAUUCACGAUCGCGGUACCAGAGGAUCUCAAGGAGGCCUGUUCAAAUGAAAAUGUGCACAAAGAAUUCAAGAAGGCAGUGGGUGCAAACUGUAUCUUCCUCAGUACCACUAGCAGCGAACUCAUCAUCCUUUCCACAAACGAGUCCACCAUCAAGAGGGCGUCUCUGCUGGGGGACAUGCAUCUGCGCAGCAUCCGAACGAAGCUCAUGCUGAUGUCCCGGAAUGAGGAGGCCAACAAACACUUGGAGACGAGCAAGCAGCUGGCCUCGGCCUUCCAGGAGGAGUUCACGGUGCGGGAGGACCUGAUGGGCCUGGCGAUCGGCACCCACGGCGCCAACAUCCAGCAGGCCCGCAAAGUGCUGGGGGUCACUGCCAUUGAGCUGGAUGAAGAGACUUGCACCUUCCGCAUUUAUGGGGAGACCCCGGAAGCCUGCAAGCAGGCCAGGAGCUUCUUGGAAUUCUCAGAGGAUUCGGUCCAGGUCCCCCGGAAUCUGGUUGGAAAGGUGAUAGGCAAGAACGGGAAGGUCAUCCAGGAGAUCGUGGACAAAUCCGGCGUGGUCCGAGUGCGGGUGGAAGGAGACAACGACAAGAAGAAUCCCCGGGAGGAGGGGAUGGUCCCUUUCAUCUUUGUGGGGACGCGAGAGAACAUCAGCAACGCCCAAGCGCUGCUGGAGUACCACCUCUCCUACCUCCAGGAGGUGGAGCAGCUGCGCCUGGAAAGGCUGCAGAUUGACGAGCAGCUGCGGCAGAUCGGCCUGGGCUUCCGUCCGCUCUCCAGCCGCGCGGAGAAGGAGCGGGGCGGCUACACCACGGAUGAGAGCAGCUCCUCCUUACAUGGCACCAGGACCUACGGCGGCAGCUACGGCGGGCGUGGCCGUGGGCGCAGGGGACCCAACUCCGGUUACGCUACCAACUCCGACGCGUCCAACGCCUCCGAGACAGAGGCAGAGAAGAGGGACGACUGCGAGUGCCCGCCCCCCAGCGACCGUGACCCUCGCCUGGAGGACGGCCGGCGAAGGCCCGGGGCGGGACGUGGCCGGGGCCCUGCUCCGGCGCCCCGUGGCAGCAGCAGCAAGUACAACGCCUCCUCCAUUAGCUCAGUGCUGAGGGACCCGGACAGCAACCCCUACAGCCUGCUGGAGAACACCGAGACCGACCAGACUAUGGACACGGAUGCCAGCGAGUCUCAGCCCCUCAGCAACCGCCGGCGCCGCUCACGCCGGCGCCGCACCGACGAAGACACCACCAUGAUGGACGGGGCCCUGGAGUCUGACAGCACCUCCGUCAACGAGAAUGGCGUGGAGGAGGAAUCAAAGCCGCAAAGACGCAACCGAAGCAGACGCCGCCGUAACCGUGGCAACCGCGUGGACAGCUCUAUCAGUCGGGACCGCCAGCCGGUCACCGUAGCUGAUUACAUAUCCCGGGCCGAGUCUCAGAGCCGCCAGGGGCCCCCCCGCAAGGAAAGCCAGGAGAAGGCAGCCGAGGGCAACCUGCCUAGGCAGAAGGGCGAGGCAAACAGCAAGAUGGUCAACGGCCCUGCAGAGAACGGGGAGCACAGCGCUGCCGCCGCCGGCGAAGAAGAGGUGGCUGCCAUGGUCAAUGGGGUGUCCUAAGUGCCCUCCGGCGCCGCCGGCCGAGCCCUCCUCUCCGUGAACGAUCCCUACUUUCACCUGCUUGCAACAUCUUAAGAGAAACGAAAUAAACACCACACCAAUCUUGUUUAAGAACAAAACCAUUAUUUAAAAAGAACAAAUCACCCACUCCCAAGGUAAUUAUCUAGUGCUCGUUAAAAGCUUGCCAACGAUGGGAAACACUGUUUACCACCGCUCUUGACACAUCCUGGUUAAGCUUCAGUGAUGGCAGCCGGACAGGGCGGUUCAGAUCCCUCUUCGUUUUUCCUGCCCUCUCGUUUGUCCAGGGGGGCUCUGAUGCUACCCGAGCUCAUUAUCCCCCUCCCGAGAGGUGCCGACAGGAGUGGGGGACAUACUGUGACUUUCACGCAUCUGUUUUUGGUGACUUAAAAAAGUUUUUUGUUUUGAAACAAAUGUGAGGGGAAAAAAAUAACCGGCUAUUCUAUUCAAACUGGGGAGAGGAGAGGGGAGAGCAACCUGUGCCUUCUGAUAAUGCAAACACACACGCAGACACACACACACACACACACACACACACACACA